AUGUCCUUUAUGCUCGAUCCACGUGGAGACUUGCCUCCUCCCACCAUACAGCCGAGCUCGUACUAUUACACCCACAAUCACAGACGAGCCACCUCUUAUGGUCUCCCCAGCAAAAAGCCCAAGAGCAAGCAGUGUUACGAUUGGAUCUUCUCGACGGCGUCCAACGUCCACAUUGCCAUCGAUCGUGCUGCCUUCAAAACAUACGUCCCCUUCAAGUCAUACGUUCUCACAGUCUCCGAUCAACGCCAGGUACCGGUUCGAGGCAUUGGGACAGUCGAACUGAAGCUGCGGCGAGAGCCGGGCAGUCGAGAAAACCACACCAUUGUCCUGGAGAGCGUCUUGCAUGUCCCCGACUGGCUUUGCAAUGUUAUAUCCGACAUAUAUUUUGUGCCCGCCAGCCACUAUGAGCACACUUGGACCGAGUUGGGCGUCAACUUCUUCGUCCGAGACAAAGACAUCUUUAAGCCUUGGGGUUACACGGGGAAUUUCUGCGGUCUGGAUCGACUGGUGCUGUCCAAAACCCGUCAAGGACGCAGUCCCAUGCUCGAAGAUCCUGAUCGAGAAGUGUUUUCCGUGAGCUUGACCUGGCCACAGAGUCAGAAGGACAAGUGGGACAACCUCAGCACCGAAGAGAUGAAACAAGAGGCCAAACGCGUCGAAAAGGCUUUCAAAAAGAAACACGCCGAAGACGAGACGAAAGGCCUGAAACGAGAGGUCAAGAGUAACUUAGAGAGCACCAAAUCGAAGUUGGUCCCGGAUGCCAUAAAGAGGCCACCAAAACAGAACAGCUGCGAGUCUGGUGAAAUCAACGGCGAACUGGAGACACUUCCACGAGGGUCAAGCCUGAUGUUCGAUAGGGUCAGACUCUAA